GUAUGUAUGUAUGUAUGUAUGUAUGUAUGCAUGUGUAUUUUUCGUCGGGGAGGCCUUCGGCCCCGAAAAGUCCCCUUCUGUGGCACAGGACGUGCUGAGCUAGGGGUCUCUGUCUAUGAUCUAAUUACACAAUCCUAUUGGAUAGGGAGAGGCUUAGUCGUUCUCGAUGCGAAAUUAGACUUCCCCGUCAAGCGCAUUUCCUGCAAAACACGAAAACAGACCACACCAUCCAGCAUAUCAUCGGCACAAACGGCGCAUCGUAUCGAACCUGUUACCCGUCAGCGGGAGGACCAGGCGCGGCUGAGAAACAGAAGCCACAAGAUAAGCCUGUUGUCAGGGAGGUCGUGGUGGGCCUGUGGGCGCGGCAACUCGAGGCUGCCCUCGAGUGGUCACGGCCAGAUGAAGGGCGAGCCUCGUAAGAAGAUUAGGCAAAAGAAAACAAACAUGAAGAAUAAUGAAAGGAGGAGGGGCGCGAGUGCGUCCUGUGUUGGUCUCGACUAGUGGCGGGGGCAGAGCUUGUCGAAGAAGGCGCUCGUUCUGGACAGCUUGACAAACUUGGCGAAGUCUUUUCCUAUUGCGAGGUUGACCGCUGCAUUCGGUGAGGGGGCUAGCCUCAUCCGAUGACGCGGCGGUACCUUUCUGCAGUAGAUGAUAUGAUCCGGUGCUUUGCGUCGGUUGCAUGAGCAGACCAGUCGCGCUUCAUUGUGGUCGAAUCUCUCGUGAUAUGCGACAAAGUCCCCAUGGAGGGAUCUUGCUUCCAGCAGAUGGUGCAAUACUGCACGUGAGAGCAAGAGCUCCGGCGGGCAGGCUGUGGUCGCCUUGAGAUUGAAUUGCCCCACAAGUGUCUGUAUGUAUGUAUGUUGUAUUUUUCGUCUGGGUGGCUGUAACGAAGCCAAAUCUCC